GCCAAAAUAUAAAGAAAAAUUGUUUCCUAGAAACAGACCUAGAGUAACAUGGGGAACCAAAUACAUUCAUGUAAAUGAAAGUGUGGAAGUGGUACUUUGCAUUUCACAAAACAAAAGAAAGAAUUGAGCCUGUCAGAGAGACUCCUCUACUGCUUCUGACUUUUCUUGCCCAGGCACAUUUAUAGAAGUCCCUUUUGAGCCUAUUUAAGCUCAACCUCAGCUAACACAUUCAGACUCAAUUCUUGCCACACCCAGUGACUGUUACCUAACUCCAGUUGUCUGGGUAACCACUAGGGUAGGGAGCCUGAGGAGGCUCUUGGUCCUCUGACAGUAUUUUCUAGACCAGGCAGUGGCCUCAUCAGAGGGAUUUAGCUCCACCCAGGAUGUUAUCUCUGACCUGGGGCUGGAGACUAGUGGAAAGACCUUUGGUCCCCAGGGUCCUCCUCUUGCAGUUUGCACUCUGGCUGCUCCUCCUGGUUCCAGUCCGGUGUUCUCAGGGCCAUCCCACUUGGCGUUACACUUCAUCAGAGGUGGUUAUUCCUCGGAAGGAGAUCUACCAUACCAAAGGAAUUCAAGCACAAAGACUGCUCUCCUAUAGCUUGCGUUUUAGAGGCCAGAGACAUAUCAUCCACCUGCGAAGAAAGACACUUAUUUGGCCCAGACACUUGUUGCUCACAACUCAAGAUGACCAAGGAGCCUUACAGAUGGAAUAUCCUUUUUUCCCUGGAGACUGUUACUAUAGUGGCUACCUGGAGGGGAUCCCUCAGUCCAUGGUCACUGUGAAUACUUGUUAUGGGGGCCUGUCAGGGGUCAUGAAGUUGGAUGACCUUACCUAUGAAAUCAAACCCCUCAAUGAUUCACAGAGGUUUGAACACCUUGUUUCUCAGAUAGUAGCUGAGUCUGAUGGCACAGGGCCUAUGAAUGCAUGGAAGCACUGGAGCCAUAACAUAGGUCCUCCCUUCUCCAGAGUGGAAUAUGCUAAUGGGGCUCCCAGAAUAUCUACUAAGAACUAUGCUACACAUCCAGCUUCUAUAAAAGGCCAUUUUCAAGCAACCAAUUCUAUAUAUUCUGCUGCUACAGGUGAUAAACAUGAAGCUACUGUUGAAUAUUUAUUUAAAAUCAUUAGUUUAAUGGACACCUAUCUAACCAAUCUUCAUAUGCGGUACUAUGUCUUUCUCAUGACUGUGUAUACUACACAAGAUCCAUUUCAACAUGACUUUAAAGUACCAGGAGGGGCUGCUCAUAAUUUCUAUGUUUUAGUCUUUUAUAAUAAUUUUAAGCCUGAUGCAGGAACUAUACUUAGUAAGAAUUCGCCAAGAGAUAAUGAAGUUCAGCCAGUUGAAAAGAGUGUAUGUUCUUCCUCAGCCCUCACUAGUUUGGCUGAAUUUGACCGAAAUUUUAUACAAUUAUCUGUUUUAAUAGCCAAUUUCGUUGGAAGGAAUUUAGGCAUACAAUAUGAUGAUGAGCAGUACUGUGUCUGUCAGAGAAGGGGCACCUGCAUUAUGUUCAAGAAACCUGAAAUAACAGAUGCUUUCAGCAAUUGUUCCCUUUCAGAGAUAAACCAAAUACUUAAUACCCCCGGUAUGAUGCCAUGUCUUUUCUAUGACCGUCACGUUUAUUAUAAUACAACAUAUACCUAUUCUUUUUGUGGAAACUUCAAAAUAGACAACAAUGAGCAGUGUGACUGUGGCUCACAUAAGGCAUGCUAUGAGGAUCCCUGCUGUGGAAGUGAUUGCAAGUUAACACCUGGUAGCAUUUGUGAUAAAGAAUUAUGCUGUGCAAACUGCACAUUCAGUCCUUCUGGGACACUCUGCAGACCUAUCCAGAACAUCUGUGAUCUUCCAGAGUACUGUAAUGGGAAUAAGUCCUUUUGUCCAUCUGACACUUAUCUGCAAGAUGGGACACCAUGUUCAGAAGAGGGGUACUGCUAUAAAGGCAACUGCACUGAUCGCAAUGUACAGUGCAAGGAAAUCUUUGGUGCAAGUGCUAAUAAUGCUAACACUAAGUGCUAUGACAUCAACAAACAACAGUUUCGUUUCGGGCAUUGUACUAGAGCAGAAGAAAGCCUCACAUUCAAUGCUUGCACUAAUGAAAAUAAGCUGUGUGGAAGGUUGCAGUGUACCAAUGUCACCAAUCUUCCACACUUGCAAGAACAUGUUUCUUUCCAUCAAUCGGUUAUCUCUGGGUUUACCUGCUUUGGGCUCGAUGAACAUCGUGGGACUGGAGCAACAGAUGCUGGAAUGGUAAAACCUGGUACCCCAUGUUCCAUAAAUAAGUUCUGUGAUCGAGGAGCUUGCAAUGGAAGCUUAUCUCAUUUGGAUUAUGACUGUACCCCAGAAAAAUGCAGUUUUAGAGGAGUGUGUAAUAAUCAUCGGAAUUGCCAUUGCCAUUUAGGUUGGAAACCUCCAACGUGCAACAAAGAGGGACCUAGUGGGAGCGCAGACAGUGGGUCCCCUCCGAUUGAAAGGCACACAAUAAAACAGAGCCAAGAACCAGUGGUAUUUUUAAGAAUGGUCUUUGGUCGUAUUUAUCUCUUCUUUGUAGCACUGCUCUUUGGGGUGGCCUCUCGUGUAGGACUCACUAAGAUAUUUAAAUUUGAAGACUUGCAAGCUGCUUUACAAGCUGCUAGGCAAGGAACAGCAGCCAAGAAGCCAACAUAAA